AUGAACAUGAAGACUAUUAUCGCCCUCAUGGGCCUCAUCUCCAUGGUCCUCAGCGGCGCCGUCCCUCGUGACACACCCUUCGACGCCCUUGACGACAUGUCUGACAAUGAUUUCAAUGCCAUGUCAACUCCAUGUCAGCAGUGCUCGCAGAUCUACAAGGACUGCCGCGUGCCCUGUCAUUAUGAGUAUUGCAAGCCUAUCUGCAAGGAGAAGGCUUGCAAGUCCAUUGUCAACGGCAAGGACUGCAGCUCGCUGUGCCUUUGGUACUGCUAG